GCACGUAAACAAGGCAAGUAAUGAAUGGGAUAUCUGCACCUGUGACUACAAAAGCGGGUAUAGGGUGGAAGCCAUUAUUGGGUGGCAUGUGAUGACGAAGAGGGAAUGGUAAUCGAAUAUUCAGCAGAUAAUCUUAGUCAUUCUAAUACGUUUACUCCUAAAUUCUGACUUACGUUGGACCGCGAACCUUUUUAGAACACAAAGGAUCUGUGCUCGUAGAUUAUGACACAAUUUUUACCACCAAAUUUGCUUGCGCUUUUUGCGCCACGCGACCCGAUUCCAUAUCUUCCACCAGUAACAAAGCUACCACACGAAAAGAAGAGGGUACCAUACUUCGGAGUAGCCAACAAUUUGAACGAAUUUGAGGACCCUAAGGAUACACCCCCACCUACUAGGGCUGAAACCAAAGAGGAACGCAAAGAAAGGAAGAGAAAAGAGCGAGCUGAGCAGGUUGCAUACAAGCUAGAGCAAGAUUUGGCAUUAUGGGAUCCAACAAACACUCCAAGUGGGACUGAAGACCCUUUCAAGACAUUAUUUGUGGCGCGAAUUAACUAUGACACCAGUGAAUCCAAGCUGAGGAGGGAAUUCGAAGUGUAUGGUCCAGUUAAGAAGAUCUCGGUGGCCAAGGACAGAAACACUGGAAAGCCCAGAGGUUAUGCCUUCAUUGAGUAUGAACAUGAGAGAGACAUGCAUUCUGCCUACAAGCAUGCAGAUGGCAAAAAAAUUGAUGGUCGCCGUGUACUGGUUGAUGUGGAGAGGGCGAGAACUGUGAAGGGAUGGAGACCAAGGAGGCUAGGUGGUGGGCUAGGAGGCACACGUAAAGGUGGACCUGAGGUGAACACUAAAUUCUCAGGCAGGGAUGACAAUGAAGGGAGAAGGAGAAGUGCCAGUCGUGAAGCAGAACGGUCCAGAAGUAGGGAGCGUAUUCGCAGUAAGAAGCGCAGUCGUAGCAGAGAGAGGAAGAGAAGCAGGAGCAAGGAACGUCGCCGACGUUCUCGCAGCAGGGACCGCAGACGCAGCCGCGACAGAGGUGAUCGUGACCGUGGGGAUAGAGACCGUGACAGAGACAGAGACAGGGAUAAGGACCGGGACAUGGAGAGAGGAGAGAGAGACAAAGAGAGAGACAUGGACGGAGAUGCGAUGCCAGAAGAUCAGAUUGAAGGAGAAGAAGAGGGAGGCUCUUCCAGAGACCGUUCACACAAACGCAGUCGUCGAAGCAGGUCGCGUGAUAGAAAGCGUAGUAGGUCACGUGAUAGGAAAAGAAGCCGCCGUAGCAGAAGCCGUGACCGUAAACGUGAUCGUGACCGUGGAGACAGAGAUCGUGCUGGUGAAAGAGGGGAUGAAGCAUCGGGUGAUCAGGAGGCUAUGAAAGCAGAACAGUACGAGGAUAAAGGGGAAUAUGGCAAUGGAGAGAAUGGUGGCGAGAAUGGCUACGGAGAAUAUGAUCAAUCCAGUCGCUCAAUGGAAGAGAUGCAACAAAGUUAUGAUGAUAGCAAUGAGUACGGUUCUGUUGGAGAGUACGGCUCUGAGCCAAUGCCGCUAAAAGCUGAACCAGCAGCUCUGGACUAUACAGAAUAUGGUGGUGCAGGGGAUGUCAGUGAGGAAAACUAACUUGAACGUUGCUGAUCAUGCCUAAACUUAAAGCACAUUUCAUGUCUUUUAUUUGAUAUUUUCAUGUGCAUUUGUGAUGGUUAUGAACUUUUAUUCUCAGAUGUUUGGAUUUUUAAUUUAGAUUUGAAAUUCGUCCAAUCAAAAUAGCGAAAUUGUUUGGAGAUCGUAAAAAACGUGUGAUGGACAGCGACAUUGAGCUUUAAAUCAUCUUUUAAGGUCAUUUGUUUUAUUUUGAAACAAAGGGAAUGUAACUACAUUGUUUAAUAAAGCAACUUGCAAUGAAUAAAAAAUAAAUUUCGAA